UAAGCUGAUCAAUCUAUCGUCCCAUUCACCCGGGCAUGAAUGAAAGCGAGGACCGACGGGACACUGUAGGCUAUAUUGGUUCCACAUCGAGGACGGCCCUGCGAGGAGACGGAGCGAGUACGGAACUUCGGGUGUGAAUAGGUAUAGUCAUGACGAGCAUGCUACCUCGAGGCCCUAGCCCACGUCUAGGCGCGGGUUGGAGAAGCGCGAUCACCCUCCCCUAUGUAGCGUUUCUGUUUUUAGCAGCGGGGACGAGCAACAACACGCACUCCCGUGUAGGCAAGAGGUAUAUGCACAGAUCAAGCCGUGUUGAAUACCAAUAUAAGACUUGUGCGAGAGAGUGUAGACUUUCAAGAAAAAUCAUAGUCGAGGCGGGGUUGAGGUGGAAGUUGGGGAAAUGGCGACUGCCUCGCCGUCACAUCGUUCCUCGUCUUUGCAGAUGCCGUGACAUCGCCUAGCGCCUCGCUGCCCAUCUAGCCGCGGUGGAUGAACGGCCAACACGGUUUAGUCGGGCUAGCAUUGUCUAAUCAGCGUUCGGUCAGUCACCUAAAAUUAACAGGGCGCCCGAGGUUGUCGUC